UGUAUUCAAUUCCAGAAUCAUAUUUCUUUUAACGCUACCAUAUUCAAUACCAAAAUAGCCAUAUGUACAAAAUUAUGUAAACGAAGAUUACUCAACAGAUCCGCGGACUUGUUUACAAACAUUACAUACAUACACACCCUAAUGUCGUUGAACUUCCCGAAAAAUCACGAACCCGCCCCGAAGCCCGGCGGCCCAGACAAAGCGACGCGCGCCUGUGUGCGUGUGAUAACGUGCAAUAGUGUGCGCCAGCGGAUUAAUUGUGUUCAUCCUACUCGACACCAGAUGGCGCUCUCCUGCAUCUAUAAAUAUGACCCGCGCUCGCCGGCCGGCGCUCACUUAAUAUCUAAGCUAUCGAAGCGAUAACAGUCAUUGAAUAAUAUCGUUAUCAUUCAAGCACACCGAGGUUGAUCUUGGAGAUCAUGUCUCUGCUACCACUCUUAGUGGGGUGCGAGGGUCACCCUCACAUCGCGCACCCGCAUCCGUCGUUACGUCGCGCGUACGUGCCGCAGCGCUAUCAUUGGCCGAGCCGACUUGCGGAGCAGGACUUCGGGCUGCCCAUCAUGCCCGAUGACAUACUGACCAACAUAGCGCAUCCUUUGCAAACCGAGGAUUACUACCGGCCGUGGCGCCACAGGGGCCUUUACGACCGCGAAAUCGGUUCCAACAUCAAGACCGAUAAGACCAAGAUGACCAUCAAUCUGGAUGUCCAGCACUUCACUCCCGACGAGCUGAAUGUUAAGACCGUUGGUAACUUCGUCGUUGUGGAGGGCAGGCACGAGGAGAAGAAGGACGAGCACGGCUACAUCACCCGGAGGUUCGUGCGGCGCUACCAGCUGCCGGAGGGCGUGGCGCCCGAGAACGUCGAGUCGCGCCUCUCAUCGGACGGCGUCCUCACCAUCAUCGCGCCUCGCAAGACGCCUGAAGCAGCUACAGGAGAGAGAAAAGUUCAAAUUACCCAAACAGGGCCCAUUCGAAAGGAAAUCAAAUUGGAGGGUAACAUACCCCGGCCCGACAACUACAACUCCACCUACGUUCCAACUCCGGGACAACAUUUCCAUCUUGUCCAGGGUGUGACCGGGGUGAACCCGGUCCCACCGGCGGAGGCUGCCCCCGCGACUCCUGCGGCCGAGCCUGCCGCUGAGGAAGCCACCGAGGGUGCUCCGCCCCCCGCCGAGGCCGAAGAGGAACAGAAGUGAACUGCCUGUGGUACACAUCUAGUCCGUUAGCAUUUAUUUUUUCGCAUUCCUAAGCUUAGUCUAAGACUGAUUCAUUUGUAAUUUAGUUUUAAGUGCGCUAUUAAACUUUAUUUAUUAAUAUCUUCCUGAAAAUGUUUUUUAUUCAACCC